AUGAAGAAUCCAGGCGGAACGAUGAGCGGAAAGAUCAAGCCGGAGAGCCAGGUGAAGGAAGCAGAGACGACGACAGCAGACCCGACGAGUCUCUUCAAGCAGAACGAGCUCGUCGUUCACUCUCAGCAUGGCAUUGCCAAGUACCUCAGGGUUGAGUAUAUGUCCAUGCAGGAUGAGGCCCCGAAGCCUUUCAUGGUGCUGCAGUUCGCUGACGGAGUGCUCAAAGAGAGCUUCACGCAGCAGUCCAUGGUGACCAAGUACUUCGCCAGCGGCGUUGGAUAUGCCGCGGAGGAGCCCAAGCUCGACCAUCUUUCGCGGCCUGAGGUCUGGACGAAGCGGAAGGCGAAGGCUAAGAGGACGCUGAAGAAGCUCGCGCACGACGUGAUCAAGCUACAGGCAGUGAGGAAGCAGAACAAGCGCGAGCCGUACAAGAUGCCCGGGCACAAGACAGACUUCGACGAUCUGUUUCCUCAUGAACCGACAGCUGACCAGCUCAAGGCGUUCAGAGACAUCGAGCAAGACUUAUGCUCUCGUGAUAUUCCCAUGGACCGACUUGUCUGCGGAGACGUCGGCUUUGGAAAGACAGAAGUCGCCAUGCGCGCCCUGUUCCUCUGCGUCUCUCAGCAGCGUCAGGCGAUUCUCCUCGCUCCGACCACCGUCCUCGCGAUCCAACACUUUCGGACUGUUCAAAGUCGAUUCAAAAGCUUUGGCCUGCGACCUGCUCUGCUCAAUCGCUUCGUCCCAGCCAAGACGAGGAGAGAGCUACUGCAGCAGGUUGCUGACGGGGAGGUGGACAUCCUGGUGGGGACGCACGCGGUCCUCUCCUCUAAGAUCUCCUUCCGCAGCCUCGGGCUGGUGGUGAUCGACGAGGAGCAACGCUUCGGGGUAAAUCAGAAGGAGAAGCUCAAGACUCUCAGUGUUGGCAUCGACGUCCUCACCCUUUCUGCCACCCCCAUCCCCCGUACGCUGCACAUGGCCAUGAGCGGGCUGCGGGACAUGACGGUCAUGCGGACUCCUCCGCGCUCCAAGAAGGAGGUCGAGACUCACGUCGCCAAGUUCUCCGAGCGCCUCCUCCUCAAGGCCCUUCAGCUGGAGUUGGAUCGCGCGGGUCAGACCUUCUGCGUCGUUCCUCGCAUCGCUGACAUCGAUCAAGUCGUCGCGACCCUCUACCGGCUGGCGCCAGCAGCUCGAGUGCUGGUGGCGCAUGGAGAGCUGAAGGACUUGGAGGAGCGGCUGAUCAAGUUCAGCGAGGGAGGAGCAGACGUGCUCGUGUGCACGCCCAUCAUCGAGUCCGGGCUGGACAUUCACACUGCCAACACCAUCUUCGUCUUCAACAGCCACUACUUCGGCCUGAGUUCCCUCUACCAGCUGCGCGGGAGGGUGGGACGAGGCUCGACACAAGCGCACGCCUACUUCACGUUCCCCCCCGACUCCGAGCUCUCUUCUGAGUCCCAGCAGCGCCUCGCCGCCAUCACGCGCUACACGAGCCUGGGCUCGGGCUACGAGCUCGCGCAACGAGACCUCGAGAUCCGAGGAGCUGGAUCCCUGCUGGGGGCAGAGCAGAGCGGAGAAGCGAACGAGGUUGGAGUGGAGCUGUACAUGCAGAUGCUGAAGGAGAUCGUUGCUGAGAUAGAGGAGAAGGCGAUCAUCGAACAGACAAAGCGAUGA